GCAGAAUAACGUCUAUCCACUAUCGAAAACGGAGUAUCGCAUCGUGAAAAAAUUUUCUAUUCAUUUUUUUUACUAAACGGAGUAUCUUACAUUAGGUUUAAAAUUUAUUUGCGUUUAAUUCUGAUUUGUCAUGGCAUUAAAUCCACAAUAUGAAGCGAUUGGUAAAGGUUUUGUGGGUCAAUAUUACCAAAUGUUCGAUGACGCAUCUCAGAGAGCUUCGUUAGUCACCAUGUACAACCCAGAGACAUCAUUCAUGUCAUUUGAAGGUGUACCACUUCAAGGUGCAAACAAAAUAAUGGAAAAAUUUAAUAGUUUAACAUUUCAAAAAAUUACGAGAGAUAUAACAUCAGUGGACUCACAACCAAUGUUUGAUGGAGGUAUAUUAAUUAAUGUAUUAGGCCGUUUACAGUGUGAUGAAGAUCCAGUACAUCAAUUCAAUCAAGUUUUUGUAUUAAAACCAGCUGGUAAUAGUUUCUAUUGUGCACAUGACAUAUUUCGUUUAGGUAUCCAUAACACUUUGUGAGAUGUUUUAUUUAAAUUAAUAUGUUCUCUGUAAUUUUUAUGUUGUUCAUAAUUGAUUAACCGGGUUAAGAAUAUAAGAUUUAAACUUUUAAUUGAAUAGCUCAAAAAAUAAAAAUGUAAAGCGUCUUUAAGAUUAUAGUACAUGAUAUAAGUUCAAUAUUCUUAUAUAUAUAUAUAUAUAUAUUUUACAAGAUUUUGCUUUAAUUAUAUGUUAACUAAUUAUUAAGCAUA